CGCGCGCUUGUCCUCGCGGCGGGAGGACUGGGGGCCCACCCUCGGCCAUCGGGGGCUCCGGGGACGCCGCCUGCUGGCGCCAUGGCUGUCCCAGGUUGCAACAAGGACAGUGUCAGAGCAGGCUGUAAAAAAUGUGGCUACCCUGGUCAUCUGACUUUUGAAUGCCGCAACUUCCUCCGAGUAGACCCUAAAAGGGACAUCGUUUUGGAUGUCAGCAGCACAAGCAGUGAGGAUACUGAUGAAGAGAAUGAAGAACUAAAUAAAUUACAGGCCUUACAAGAAAAAAGAGUAAAUGAAGAUGAGGAGAGGAAAACAAAAGGCAAAGAAAAAUUCAAAUUGAAAAAAAAAAGGAAAAGGUCCUACUCACCCACUUCCACUGAAGAGGAUACUUCAAAACAGAAAAAGCAAAAAUCUCAGAAGAAAGAAAAAAAGAAAGAAAGAAAAAACAAGGCAAAAAAAGCAAAACAUCAUAAAAAGGAAAAAAAGAAGAGAAAAAAGGAAAAACAUUCUUCUGCAUCCGAUAGCCCUGAAAUCUCCAAGAAGUGACUGUGACUUUGACCUAAACCAUUGCAUUUUCAAAUUUGUUUUAUAAAAUUAUUUGACUGUGGGCUUUACUAUAUAAUAAUUCCUUGCAAUAAAUCGUAGUCCUUUCCAUAUAGAUUUUUUUGUUUAUAGGACCAUUAUCUCUUUAGCAAACUAUUUUCAAUGUGCUCUGACUAAAAGCAUUAAGUCAGUCUUGUAACUUGAUAGUCAUGCGUCAAAUACAAAACAUCGUUUUUGAUAUCUGUGUGUUUUUGGCUAGUGUUAGUUGAUUAUAAAAUGUCUCUGCUCUAGUCAGCACAGGGAAUCUACCUAGCCACUAAUGAAUAUUGCUGAAUCAAGUGUUCUAGUGACAUUGACAUUUUUAAUAGCUUUAUGUAUACUAUGGUGUAAUGUAUGAAAAUGGUGAAAAUUUUUAAUGUUGCUUUUAAACCUAUAAGUCUUUUUUUGAAUGCCAGAGGACAUGAAACUGCUUAUUGGGCCUGGCGAGGAUUUUUAAAUGAAUGGUGUCUGCAGGAGGAUGAUAAAUUAAAAUGUUUUUAACAAAUUAAAAUGUUUUUAACACUCUUUUAUGAAAUAAAAUACCUGUCUGCUUUAUUUUGGUAGCAAUUAAAAAUAUCUCUUGCCUGUUUGAAAAGACAAGUCUACUUCAGCCUAUUAGUAAGUCUCAGAGAUUAUGCUGUCUGGGGCAGGGUUUUAGGGCAGACUUCUGGGUUGUUUUACAAACACAUGUCAUAUUGGCAUGUGUUAAAGUGAUACCUCAAAGACAGACACUUUUAUUUAGGAGGACAGCAAAAUAUUAAGUAGAAAUGAUUUCUCUUAUACUCAGUAUGUAAAUUUGAUGAAGCUUGUUUCUAUGAGUAAUAUGGAAAAUUUUUAUAAGUGUCAACCUAUAUAUUUAUUUUGUCUGAAAUAGUUUGUAUAUAGGCUUGAUGCAGGGUUCACACUGAAUUUAGUUUCAUAAAUAACUGAUUUGACUUA